CAUCACCGGGUCCGUUUAGGUCGAAUUUUACGAAGGUGAAGCAGAAGAGACCGUAUGAAAAUACCGGUUAGCUUUCUGCAGCUAACGUUAGCCUGUUAGUCGGUGGGGCCGCGAUCAGCUGUGUCGUGCUGGGGCGGCCUUCACAGACACUGUGAGGCUGCUCCUCACUCCGGAUAAUCAUUCUGACCUAAUCAUGUGUAUAUUUAGCUCGCCCGCUGCUGUCUUUACAUGUACGUCCAGGUGUCCAUGACGAACACCCCGCCUUGGAUGUGAGUGCGUCCGCACCGCGGCAGGUCUGUUUACUCAUCCGAAGCGGAGCAGGACCCGGCGGUUACUGAAGAGCCUCUCCCGGCGGCAGGAUGACGUGCCGGGACCGGACCCUCGAGUUCCAGUCGGCCUGUAAAUCUCUUCAGGGCAGACAGAAUGGAGUCCAGCCCAGCAAACCAGCUCUCAGCGCUCUCAGGCAUCGCAGUGACUUCACAGUUAUGGCCAAGAGAAUUGGGAAAGACUUGAGCAAUACAUUUGCCAAGCUGGAAAAGCUCACAAUCUUGGCAAAGAAAAAAUCUCUAUUUGACGACAAGGCGGUGGAGAUUGAGGAGCUAACGUACAUCAUAAAACAAGACAUCAACAGUCUAUACAAACUGAUAGCACAACUGCAGGACUUGGUGAAGUCCCGCGGAGCUCCGGGUGGCCGGCAUAUCCAGACCCACUCAAACACCAUAGUGGUGUCAUUAAAGUCCAAACUGGCUUCAAUGUCCAAAGACUUCAAGUCAGUCUUAGAAGUCAGAAAAGAGAACCUGAAGCAGCAGCGUAGCAGGAGAGAGCAGUUUUCCCAGCCUCCUGUCUCGUCUUCUCCUCUAAUGGCCAACAACUUCAGGAGCCGAAAAAAAGGGGCCCAGGAGCCGCAUGCAGCUCGUGAGCCACGCAUUGACUACCAGGGCUAUACAACCUCAAAUUUAAAAGAAAGCUCAGUCCUGAUGCAAGAUGAGUCCCAAAGUCUUGGGCAUGUGGCCGUCGAUAUGGACUCUCAGACCAAUCCCUUGCAACUCCAACUUAUCGAUGAGCAGGACUCGUACAUCCAGAGUCGUGCAGACACCAUGCAGAACAUUGAGAGCACCAUUGUGGAACUGGGCUCUAUAUUCCAGCAGCUGGCGCACAUGGUUAAAGAGCAAGAGGAGACGAUCCAGAGGAUCGAUUCAAAUGUGGAGGACACUCAGCUGAACGUAGAGGCUGCCCACACAGAGAUCCUCAAAUAUUUCCAGUCAGUCUCCUCCAACCGCUGGCUGAUGAUCAAGAUUUUUCUCAUCCUUGUUGUUUUCUUCAUCGUCUUUGUCGUCUUCUUUGCUUAACAAAAGGAGGAGCGGCUGAAUGAAGUGGGAGAAGCACAUUGAAUGAGGGGAAGUGAAAGCGCAAACUAAAGCUGGACUGAGACGACAUGUCCAGACGUCAGUUUUGAAGGACAUGCUUCUCUGUCAAAGUGACGGUUUGACGGAGACUUGGGAUCCAGUAAUUCAGACUUGUCGGAUUUUCCCAAACAUCAGACUCUUGAUCUUAAUUCAACGAUCCAGUGAAGAAUGAAGAUGUUGAACUCCAAUUAAACUGAUAAGAUUAUCUAAAAUCCCCCCUUUGUAUAGAGGGAGCAGACAACUGCUCUUCUACUCUGACAAACUAUUCAUAAACAUUUAAUCAAAAUGGCUAUAAUUUAAUGGUUUGAUUCUGCAAACUGUCUUUUUAAUUUAGAUUUCGUUCUUUCUUUUCACACCUUCCUUUUUUGUCACAUUUCAAAGCCAAACAACAGAACUGAAACUUAUUCUCAGAUUAUUUUUGCUUCUUAGUUUGCCUGCUUUUUAGUGAAGAGAAUGACCGACUGUGUUGCAUUUAUCUGCAAUUCUACACCUAACACCAUUCAGUUAUGAUGUGAAAUAUGUUUUUAUCCAUUUAAGUUUUGUUUUUCUUUCAAAGUCUUUUUGCCAAAUGAGGACUCUUAAUGAACUGUGACAUUGUGGCAUUUUGUCUCAUGACACAGUAAGAAGGCAGUAAGAGCCAGCUUAAGGGGGCGUUACUAAUAUAAUUCAGGAACGAAGCUGUACGAAAUGUUUAGUUAUGUAAGAAAACUGUUUUAAAUUCAACCUUGGUUGCCAGCCACGAGGCAGGUUGAAUUGAUGUAAUAGUGUAAACCUUGAACAUUCAGUGCCGCAGGAAGAAUACAACCUGUGAGUGUCAGAACAGGACCCAGGUUUGACAUAAGUGAUUUUGAAGGUGUGACACUGGUUUUGAAGGCCCACUGAUAAAAGUGACUCAUUCAGCAAGAUUCCCUGGAAGUGUCUGGUUCGAUAUCCUUGUUGUUGUUGCUUCCCUUUAUCUAAUGCACAGGAUGUUAUUUAAAUGACCACAUGUUUUUAAGAAGAGAGAAAGCAUUCUUCAUAUUUUUCCCCCAGUUUUUUCUUUUAGCCAAAUGCCUUGACUUCAGUGUACAAAGUGAAUAUAGUGAUAAUGAUGUAAUGAUAAGAAAAGUGCAUAUUAAUAAAAUAACAAUGGGGUGCUGGCA